AUCACGCGAGGCGCCGGUCUGCAUGUGCAGGGCGUACACACGGUGAUCUGUUUCGAUCCGCAAUAAUGUGCACUGAUAAAAGAGCAGAUCAACAACAUGCAGAUACUAUUUGAUAUCCAAAUGGUAAAUACACAGAAAAAUGACUUUAUGAUGCCAAACUGGUCAUCCUAAAUCGCCCAUCGCCACUGUGGGACAGGACAAAUACUUAUUUUUCUCCAUCUGAAAACCAAACUUGCAAAAAAUUAAACAACAAAGGGAAACCUUCAUGCAAGUGUGCAACAUACUCCAUAAUUCUGACAUUCACAUUCUGUGGGCAUCAGUUACUAAAAUUAUGAGCACUCACCAAUUCACAGUGCCUUUAACUGUAAUCAGCAUAUUGUACACACCACAGUUUCAUUCUGAGAGGAAAAGAAAAAAAAAGCCAAUCAUUGCAGACAGCGGCCAGAGACUCUGAAUUAUCCUGUAGAUCGAUUAAAGAUGGAGGUUUUCUAGACAAUUGGAGCAUAGAUGUCAUCAAGGCCAAUCAAGCCUGGCCCUAUUCCUUUCCCAUUACAAAGGCUUCACCUGAUUAAGUCCAUCAAAUGAGCAGCCGCACAACUCCUGGAGCAAGAGGCGUACAGGCUGCUGCUAAUUUUCAGGCUACAAGCUGUAUGUAACAGGACCAAAUGAGUAAGACCAGGGAGAAGGCGAUGCUUUUUCUCGCCGUGUGUGAUCUGUAUUUUUCGGUGGCAAGCAUCAACAGGCUGCUGAGUAGAUAGGUCGGGCUGGUUAUUUCUCAGAUGACAGGAAGAGAACUCGGAGCUGCUGUGUAAUAUUUCGUUAAAAUUAAAAAUUGAAUAGCUGUCCUCCAUGCUAUGUCAUUCCUUUAACACUAUGCCAAUUAAAGAGCUCUAUGGUGGUACAAUCACUCAUUUUCAAGGGGGAGAUUGAAAUUGAAUUGUGGAGCAUGAGAAGAAUGAAUUAGAUACGCUACAUGUCUCCCUUGUUUCUCAGCCUUUAUCAAAUCGAGAGACUGCAGAACAGUCGCUGGAUUUACUGCAAGAUCCUGGCUCGUCGCUGCAGCGUUUUGGAGAACUUUUGAUUCUGUAUAUAACUUGAUCUGAUGACUAAAAUGGGGGGGGGGACUUACAUUUGGUGGUUAAAGCUAAUAUUAACAACGUACAAUUACAUGUGAUGACGCAGUGAUGUGUUCAAGCAUAGUUUCCCACAUUGUAACUACAAUAGUUGAUGAUGUUAUAGCAGUUAGCAAGUGUCGAGUUGCAUGAAAUGUUUUUCAUGGUGGUUUUUCCUUUUCUUUUAAAUCUUCAUAUUCUAUUUUGUCGUGUCCUCCAGAAAUUAUGUUUGAAGGAGGAUAAAAAAUAGCAACACUUUCAACAAUAACCCCUAUUCUCUCUGCCCAUGAAACGCCCGGCAUGCAUGAAGUAUAUGUCUCUUGUCAUGAUGUUUGCAAAGUGCAGCAAUGAUUUAAUGAAUACAUCCAACACUGGAAAACAGAGGAACAUGAAAGAGAAGUAUACCGUCCUCACCAUGGCCUCUCAAAUUUUAAUUAUCUCUCAGGAGAAUGUAUUUUUACAUGCUUAUCAAAACAUUUUUGACCUCUAAUGAUUUCUGCACAUUUGAAUGUGCUUCACAUAUAGACAUGCCUGUCAUAGAUAUACAAGAAUCUACAGUAACCUCAUGAAAAUGUGGCUAUUUUAAGCCUUGGCUACUAGUGACUGGAGGACACACCACAGCGUCACAAUCCCCAUGCAGAACAUAUCAGACACCCCUUGGGAGAACAAAAGCAUUGGUAGAGCAAAGAUAUUUUUCAAGGCUUGCUUUUCAUUCUUUUAGAAAUAAACUCUUUUUUUCUAAACUGUAAAAUGAUCAAAUAAGUCAUUGCUUGUGGCUCAGAACCACAACUGAAAGAAGAAGAUAAAACUGACACAAAGAAUUUCUUGUCCAUGUUUCCAGCCUGAAGCUCAAUGUGUGUGUGGGUGCGCGCCUGCAUGUGUGUGUGUGCGCGUGUGUGUGUGUGUGUGUGUGUGUGCGUGCGUGCGUGCGUGUGUGCGCUGGGCGAUCAAAUCUCUUUUUUUUGUUUUUGUACUCCAGCAAGUACAGGGAAACCCUUUUUACUUUGGUCAGCUAAGGACUUCGCACAAAAAGUCCAUCAUCACUGAAGAAGGAAGUCAUGCAAAAAUCAAAAACACAAGGCACAAGUGGCAGGGUGUUGGAAGCGGGUGGUUAUGAAAGGCAGGUUCGGGGCUUGCGAAGGGGGGAGAUCACUAUGGUGACAGGAAUCAGGGGCCUCAAGGGACUGAGGCUGGGUCAGAGAGGAAGGCUUGAGAGGCAGCUGACUGAGGAAUCAGACCUCACUCUGGAUGAUUCAACUGACAGCUCCCCCCAGGGUUCUGCCUUACCAGCCACCCCCAGAGACUGGGCUUUACAGAACAGGGAUGUGGCCAGCAGUCCCGUUCAGAGGGGAAAGCAAUUAAUUGGAACCGAAACCGAUGUCCACCUGAACAGAUGGUCCAGUGUCAAUAGGCUGCUAUUAACUGGCCGCUCUCCCCGCACUGAUCCAAGACAGAAAAAAGCACAUUCAAAGCACCAAGAAUAAAUCCUUUGCCUCGCCGAUGGAGCCUCAAUUGGGAUCUCCUGCCGUGCUUGUGACAAGCUGCUUCGUCAUCUCUGUGCCACACCCUGCUGAGGAGAAGGACAUCCACCUGACCUUGGUGCUCACAUCAGCCCAACCCUUUCGUCUGGUUGCUAUCACUGAGAGGCUAAUCUGCUAGCGAGCAGUGUGAGGAUCGGAGCGUAUUGUGUGAGCCAGUGUGCGGUGGACAGAUAAGGGAGCCAGCCAGCCCGCCAGCUCGACCCACCGACUGCCUGACUGCCCGUUUUAAUGUGCUGACUCUUGGGAGAUUUAAGAAAAGAGAAAAAAAACUGCAUAUUGACUCCUUAGACGUGUGCGGAGACUCUGGGCACAAACUCCACCACCACAGCCACAGCCAGCAGAGGUGCACCAAGAGACAGGGGAGCGAGAGAGAGAGAGGGAAGAAAAAGGACUGAAAAAUCACAACUCCAAAAUCAGAAAAUUCAAGAGGGCUUUUUUUUUUUUUUUUUUUAAUCCCCUCCUUUUUUCAAUUGAUUUAAUUUUUUCUUUCUUCCUUUUUUUGUGUUCCCGGGACUGACUCCCAACCACAGACAGACAAAAAAGGGGGAGCAAACAACUGAAGAGAAUCUGAAAAGAAAAGGACAGAACGAGAAAAAAAACGCUGAAUCUGACCAUGUUCGAAAUAAGCCGAACACUCAACGCCGCUUUGUUGAGCAAUGAGCAUCUCAAGAUGAUGGUGAGGUACGGGCAGCUCUCGGGACUGGCAGCCAGUGGCGUGGGCUCCGUCCCCGAGACGCACUCGCCGCUAUUUCCCAGGGAUCUCCUGUCAUCGACAGCCCAGAUGGGCUACAGGUCACCCCUGGGGUCGACAGAGACACAGUGGCGUCAGGCAGAGCUCCCGCAGCUCCAGGGCUGGGCAGAGAAGGGAUUGCUGACGCAGCCAAAGAUGAUCAUCAGUAGCAUGGAGGCUCCAGUGUCAAAUGGCCCCAGCGGAGGAGGCAACACAGCCAACGGGCCGACCACCAACAGCCGUGGCUGCCCCUCGCCCAUGCAGACUGGCCCGACAAACGACGACAGCAAGACCAACCUCAUUGUCAACUACCUGCCCCAGAACAUGACCCAGGAGGAGUUCCGCAGCCUGUUCGGUAGCAUCGGCGAGAUCGAGUCCUGCAAGCUGGUUCGCGACAAAAUCACAGGUCAGAGCCUGGGCUACGGCUUUGUCAACUACAUCGACCCAAAGGACGCAGAGAAAGCCAUCAACACAUUAAAUGGACUCAGACUUCAGACCAAAACGAUCAAGGUGUCAUAUGCGCGACCCAGCUCAGCCUCCAUCCGCGACGCUAACCUGUACGUGAGCGGCCUGCCCAAGACUAUGACCCAGAAGGAGCUGGAGCAGCUCUUCUCCCAGUAUGGACGCAUCAUCACCUCCCGCAUCCUCGUCGACCAGGUCACAGGUGGCUCCCGAGGUGUGGGCUUCAUCCGUUUUGAUAAGAGGAUAGAGGCUGAGGAGGCCAUCAAGGGCCUGAACGGACAGAAGCCAUCGGGUGCUGCCGAGCCCAUCACGGUCAAGUUCGCCAACAACCCCAGCCAGAAGACCAGCCAAGCCCUUCUGUCACAACUCUACCAGUCCCCCAACCGCCGAUACCCGGGGCCCCUCCACCACCAGGCUCAGAGGUUCAGGCUGGACAAUUUGCUUAAUAUGGCCUAUGGCGUAAAGAGGUUCUCUCCCAUCACCAUCGACAGCAUGACCAGCCUGGUCGGCAUGAACAUCCCUGGGCACACGGGCACUGGCUGGUGCAUCUUCGUGUACAACCUGUCCCCAGAUUCCGACGAGAGUGUGCUCUGGCAGCUGUUCGGGCCGUUCGGUGCCGUCAACAAUGUCAAGGUGAUCCGUGACUUCAACACCAACAAGUGCAAAGGCUUUGGCUUCGUCACCAUGACGAAUUACGACGAGGCGGCCAUGGCCAUCGCCAGUCUCAACGGCUACAGGUUGGGUGACCGCGUCUUGCAAGUCUCCUUCAAGACUAACAAGACACACAAGUCCUGAACUUUAACACGUAGAAGCAGUUGCCCCCGCGACUUUGUCCGCUCCAAAAUUGUCCCCAGCCUCCCCCCUCACCUCCACUCGUCCCUUAGCCCCUUCAGUCACUCCCACCACCACCUUACUACAGCCAUCCAACACAGCAAACUCAAACUCCAACCGGAACACAAAGCAACUGACAAACCAUCAAACAAAUUGAACUAGAAAUGGCUUAUAUUAUAACUUUGGACCUAUAAGCCAAUGUUGCCUAAGUAUUACAAAAAUGAAAUGAUGAAAAUGUUCAUACGUUUUUGGAAGCUCCUGUGAUAAUGCAGGCUUCUCUUUGUUGUAUAUUCUUUCUGUUUGUUGUGGUUGUUUAAAUGAUUUCUCUCUUCUGUGUAAACAGUAGCAAAUCCCUGUACUCCCUUAUUUCAGAGAAGAGAAUGUCCUUUAUAGAUUGAAACCUUUUCUCUGUCUUGAUUCAGGAUUUGUUUUUCUUUUGUAAAUCCGGAUCCACUGUCGUUAGUAUUAUAUACCUCCCUGUCAGUGAAAGGGAAGGGGCUCUUUUUUUAAAUUGGUGAACCAUUCAUUCAUUUUUAGUGUGUAUUAAAAACUUCCCCUAAUCGAUUAUAGAUGGGAUUCCACAAUCCGAGUAACUCUUAUGUAGAGAAAAAAAGAAUUUCUAACAUUGUUUUUGUUUUGUAUCGCAAACAAAACAUAAUGUCUUUCCUCACUGGGGUUCAGGGAGAUGGGGCGAGGGAGGGGAUGGGUUAGCUUUCCUGAUGACACGUUCAGUAAUUUAAGAAAAAAAAAAUAUCACUGUUGCCAAAGAGAAGAUCUCUUUGCUUGAAAAAAAAAUGCGUUUAGAAAAAGAUGAAAAUAAAGAGAAAGAAGAUCUAUUUUUAUAAAUGAUAAUUAAAAUAAUAAUUAUUGAAGAAUUUUUACAAGAAUCUGGAUUUGAAAAAAGAGAAAAAUAUUUUGACUGGCUAACUAGGGGGGGCCUGGGCGGGAGGGAGGGGGCACCACCUUGUCUUGUUGUUCUGCCGUGGUACUUUAUAGGAUCAGAGGUUGUUUGUUUUUUGGGGAAUCCAAGUCGGCUGUGAUUUUGUAGAUGGAAGGUUUUGUGAAAAGGGAUGCAAACUGAGGCAGGUGAUUUUGGUAAUUUUUCACAUAUGUGCUAGUGCGUAAUUAUUCAACAGCGAUACCCAAAAGGGAAGGGAGAGGGGUCUUUCCAAGGCCUAACCAUCCUUAUAGUCCAGAGCCCAAAGCAAGAAGACCCUUAGUCCACUUGUUUUCCUGUUUGCUAUUUUCCUGUUUGUCAUCAGUCGAUAAGGGAUAUCAGUAAAUAGAUAUAUACACAUCUGUCCAUUUAGAGAGCAUACUAUACAUUAUCUAUAUCAUUUUCUUCGCUCUGCGUUGGUGAACUUACAUUUGAAAAGAAAUUCCUUUUAGCGAUCAACAGUAGGUGCUAUACUACAUUAUUCACAUAUCUUAAAUAUCCAAGUUUGUUGUUCUAUGUGUUGUUUAAAGAAAAAAAAAUACUUCGAUGUUGGCAUUGAAUUGAGCUGCUGUUCUUUGUUUGAUAUUUGUUUAUUGUUGGCCCACAAAAAUCUGGUGAGACUACUUCUUUGCUGGAUAACCAGAUAAACGACUUUGGGCCUUGUAAGAAUCACUGAACAAAAGUUUUCUUUUGUAUUUUUCUUUUAUUUGUUUGUUUGUUUGUUUGUUUGGCUUGCUGACUUUUAGGUUUUUUGCUGAGCGUGAAACGUUUGUCAAACUUAAUGAUGAUUAGCUAGUUCUGUUAGUCUAGAUAUUUGUUUCCUUAAAAAGGAUCUAUGACAACUGUGUCUUUAUUUGCUGUGUACAAAUAGAUGAUAUAUAUAUAAAUAUAUAUAGUCUACAUUUGUUUUACAAUAUCUACUGUACUAUCUGAGUUGUCACUGUUCUUUUGUUUGAGCUUGUCUUUUUCAUAUGACAACUUAUUAUGAAGUGGUGGUUCAGUUACUUAGAAAAACUUGUGAGGAAAAUGUUCAAUUGUUGUCAUGUUGCUUGUGGAGAAAAAAAAAAGAUUUGGAUUAACUUUCAGUUAACAACCGCGGCAAAAGAAACCGAACAAAAGCUUAGAAUAUAACUAUUUCUUUAGCAGUUUGUUUACUUUUUGAAAAACUAUUUAUUUUUCUAUUUAUUUGUAUUUAUAUAUUUAUUUAUUACUUAAUUUAUCUGUGUAUUUAUGUAUUUAUUUGUUUCAUUGUCCGUGUAUUUGCGUGAUUCUGGUACAGGGAGGGGGGCGUUUCUGAGCAAAAGGGAACAAAGCGACUAGUGGAGAGGCUCUUCCAGUAGUCCACUGCACUGAGAGAACUUUUAGUACGUUUGUGCUUUGUACCAAUAUAUCAAAAUUACAAUAUAAAAAAAUCUAAAAGUCAAGAAAACUGAAAAAAAUGUCUGGAGGGUUGGGGGACGCUCUUCCCUUAUUACUAGAAACAGUUACUCGCUAUGCAUAACCUAGUUACUAGUUAAAUUUGCUAUUGCUUUUUUCUUGUCUUGUUAAAACGAAAUCUUUAGAUCUUUUUCAAUAAAGUUUAGUCUUAAUAGAAUGUUAUAAACAGUCGUUCUGGUUCAAUAUAACCUGUGAUAAGUUUGUGUAGUUCUAAAAAGCCACUCCGUCCACACCCUCCCUCCACUUACUACCGCUUUGUGAUGAAACCUUAUGCAAAAAUGUGGGUCUGAAAGCAUAGUUUUCAGUUUUCAGUAAGCAUUUUAUAUAUAACAUUCAACUCUCGGAGGAUUGGGCACAUACAUUUUAAAAGGAGCAAAUGCCCAUUGUUGUUUGAGGGUCAUUCAUUGCACUGGACUAAAUUGGUCAGAACCACUUAAGAGUCAAAACUUAUUUUUAAAAGUCAUGUUUUCAAAUUACAUACCAACAAAUCUUUAAAAAUGAGAAAUUGUUACCAUUGCACACCAACUGUUAUUUACAGCAGUUGUUGUACGUAAAGCACUCUGGAGGUAUGAAAAAGGGAUUGUACCAAUUCUAUAUUUUAUAUACUCUAAUAUGAUAUAUAUUAUAUAUUUUGAAUGGUGAAAGGUAAGGGAAUGGUUCCAGAAGCAUAAAUAUAAAGGAAUUGGAAUUUUUUUGUUUGUUGUUGAGACUUGAAAACAUGAAGGAGGUGUGUGGAGAGCAUUUUAAACACUCAGACGCAUGCUCGCAUAGUACAUCCUUCUCUCUCACACCUCAGUCAUCUGACAGGCCGGGUCAUCUGAUGUCAUCGCCAUUAUCCAAUCAUCACCUGUACCAUCCAAACUACAUAGUGUUCUCGCGUCAUAACGGCAACAAACCAACCCACCAGACCCCUUCAUGCUCCCCGCCGCCGCCGGGAGCUUGAAUUAUGCAACGACCCCAGUAGAAUGUUGUUCUGAUGUGUGAACUAAUUUCCUACACUGUAUGACUUUUGAACUCUUUCGACGCGUGCCUGUGUUCCACCUAGACCCUGUGUGUACAUGUGUUUGUGUGUGCGCGUGCAUGUUUGUGUGCAUGUUCCUUUAUGUGAUUGUGUGCGUGUCGUGUGUUUGUCCUCAUAUGUUUGUCAGCGUGGAGUACAUCCGGACAUGUACAGUAUAAACUCUGUUAGGUGUUCGUUAUGUGUGCGUGCGUGCGUGCGUGUGUGUGUGUGUGCGUGCGUGCGUGCGUGUAGGUCUGAUUGUACGUUUGGGUCUGUUUUGUGCACAUAUAUACAAAUGUAUGUGUUUGUCUCCCUGAGUGUAUGUGCGCGAGUGUGUGACGAAGACAGCGAGAAUGAGCAGUUGUUGAAAAUGUUUGUGUGUGUGUGUGUGUGUGUGUGUGUGAGAGAGAGAGAAUGUGUGUGUGCAUGUCAGGGUGUUUGAAACAUGGGGCUGUGUCACCUCGCUCUAUGCCCAACCCCUAUGGCUCCCACCAUCCCUUGUAGCGCCUUAUAGUGGCAGCCUGCCAGUAGGAACAAUGCAGCCAGUAGUGGAGGAGGGAAGGUGAACAGAGGAACUAGGCUCUUCUUGUCAGUUUUCAUUUUCCUCCUGAGACGUGUUUGUUUACUAUCUGAAAAAUCUAUAAACAAAAUCUUUAAAGACAAAAAAGACGAAAAAAUGUUCACAGGGCCCCAUGACCGCGGCUCUCUCUACUCUCUCCUGCUUAUGUUAUUACUUAACAAUUAUCAAUGAUUAUUAUGAUUAUUAUGAUUAUUAUUGGUAUUCUUAUUCUUAUUAUUAAUCCAAUUACUGCGAUGAAUGACUUCAUGUUAUCCUUGCUAGUUUAGGUCAUUUCUGAAACUGGAAACAAAAUAAAAAUCUUGCUGUAAAUGUUUGUUUUUUCUUUUUCAUAAAACUGUUGUGUUUGAAUUAUUUGUACUUUUGAAUGUUGGGACAAUAAAAUGAGGUGUCAAGAG